AUGGAGAGAGUUAACCACACUGUGACUGAAUUCAUCCUGUUGGGUUUUACCCAAGACCCUCUGAUGCAGCUGGUCCUCUUCCUGCUUUUCCUUCUGGUGUACUCUGUGACAGUGGUGGGCAACAUCACUCUGGUAGUCUUAAUCUGCAUGGACUCCCUCUUGCACACCCCCAUGUACUUCUUCAUUGGCAACCUGUCUUUUCUGGAUCUUUGGUAUUCCUCUGUUUAUACUCCUAACAACAUAGUGACCUACAUCUCUGAAGACAGAAGUAUCUCCUUUGCUGGUUGCUUAACUCAAUUCUUUUUUUCAGCUGGGUUAGGAUAUAGUGAAUGUUACUUAUUGACUGCAAUGGCUUAUGACCGUUACAUGGCUAUCUCUAAUCCACUUCUCUAUGCUCAGGUCAUGUCUUCAAGGCUAUGUGUAGGUAUGGUGGUAGCUUCAUAUCUUGGGGGUUUCAUUAAUUCCACUAUCAUUACGACUGAAACAUUCACCCUGACUUUCUGUGGGGAUAAUGUCAUUGAUGACUUCUUCUGUGACCUACCCCCCCUAGUGAAACUGGCAUGUAAUGUCAAAGACAGUUACCACAUUGUGCUCUAUUUCCUUUUGGCUUCCAAUGUCCUCACACCUAUUGUCUUAAUCCUGACCUCCUACAUCUUUAUCAUUGCUGCCAUCUUGAGGAUUCGCUCCACUCAGGGUCAACUCAAAGCCUUCUCUACUUGCUCCUCUCAUUUGAUAUCUGUCACCUUGUACUAUGGCUCCAUUCUCUACAUUUACUACCGUCCCAGUUCUAGCUACUCUCUGCAGCAAGAUAAAAUUGUUUCCUUGUUUUAUACUGUGGUCUUCCCUAUGUUGAAUCCCAUGAUCUACAGCCUGAGGAACAAGGAUGUGAAAGAAGCCAUGAAGAAACUCUUCAAAAAGACAGCUUCUUGA